AUGCAAAGGGCUGCACUUCGCGAGCCCCUCCUUUGCGACUCAUUGGCUGGGAUUCGUUUCGAUUCACGCAGCCUUCAGGGUCAGGCAACCACCUGCGCCCGUACCCCAUUAUGUUGGCUGGCUAUGAUGAGGCCUGCUGAGCAGCUCUGGCGCGCCCAGGCCUUGUUAAUGGCUAAGAAUCCAGAAUGUAACCAAAAAGUGCAUCCUCAUCAUAUGUCGCAGCCGACAAUUCAGCUUGUAAAUGAGGUAAUUUAA